AUGCAUAUCAUCAAGCCAGUUUGGCUAACUCACGGAGGUGAACGGAAAGACUUCGAGGUUUACAGUUGCGACGUAUCGCCGGAUGGAAAGAGACUGGUUACAGCUGCCGGAGAUGGAUACGUACGGAUAUGGUCUAUCGAUGCCAUCUACAACUCUGGAGAUUCAGCAUCUGCUAGCAAACCAAAACAACUUGCGUCUAUGAGUAAUCACUCUGGUACGAUUCACACAGUACGCUUUUCGCCAAAUGGAAAAUACCUUGCUUCAGGCGCAGAUGAUAAGAUUGUUUGCAUCUACACUCUGGAUGCGAACCCGCCAACGCACGCAACAUUCGGCUCGAAUGAACCAUUACCAGUCGAGAAUUGGCGCACGAUCCGGCGAUUGAUCGGCCAUGAUAACGACGUACAGGAUCUGGGAUGGUCACACGAUUCAUCCAUUUUGGUAUCAGUGGGGCUGGACUCCAAGGUAGUCGUUUGGUCUGGACACACAUUCGAAAAGCUGAAGACAAUUGCUGUACACCAGAGCCACGUCAAGGGCAUCACAUUCGACCCUGCAAAUAAGUACUUUGCUACCGCUAGCGAUGAUAGAUCAGUGCGCGUCUUUCGAUUCACAUCUCCCGCCCCGAACUCGACCUCCCACGAUCAGAUGAACAACUUCGUUCUUGAGCAUACUAUCACAGCCCCCUUCACCAAUUCACCUUUGACCGCUUACUUCCGUCGUUGCUCCUGGUCGCCUGAUGGCAUGCACAUUGCUGCUGCAAAUGCGACCAAUGGCCCUGUGAGCUCAGUGGCUAUCAUCAAUCGCGGCUCCUGGGAUGGUGAUAUUAACCUGAUCGGGCACGAAGCACCAGUUGAAGUGUGUUCAUUCUCUCCACGUCUGUACGCAAGAGAGCCAGUGAAUAAACAGCAGGCGGAGGGUCCUCCGCAACACCAUAUUACGGUCAUUGCAGCCGCGGGUGCGGACAAGUCACUGAGUGUCUGGAUCACGAGUAAUGCUCGGCCCGUCAUGGUUGUCUCGGAGGUAGCAGGAAAAUCGAUUUCGGAUUUAGCAUGGACGCCUGAUGGAACGUGUGUUUUCGCUACUUCCCUAGAUGGGACAAUUUUUGCGGCAAAGUUCAAGGAGGGUGAAUUGGGGUUUGCCACGGAGAUUGAAGAGAACGAGAAGUCUCUAACAAAAUUCGGUACAAACCGCAAGGGUGCCGGUAUAACAGAGACUAUUGAUGGAUUGCUUUUGGAAGAAAAUAGCAAAGCUGAUGAAAUCAAAGGCGUUGAAGGUCGAAUGGGCGCGCUGAUGGGUGAUGGCGCUGGAAGUGUCAACGGUGCUCCUGCUUUGCCAUCAAACGUCACAACCCCAGCGAAAGGUCCUUCACCAGCUCCUGAGCCAGUGAAACCACAGACAAACGGUAACACGCCCACAACUGCGAAUGCUGAAAAGCCGGACCCAUAUCAAGCUAAGCUAGAAAGACUGAAGCAACGUCCAACCUUCACAAAAGACGGUAGGAAGCGUAUUGCUCCUCUAUUAGUUUCUGGAACUGGGGCCGGUGAGUCUUCCCUUCCUCAGUCCCGUUUGAUGGCUUCUGUAGCAAGCCAGGUGAAGGGUGACACCCCGACAUCCAUUGUUGAUCUCUCUAAACCUUUUGAUGGACUGCCUAAAGGCGGAUUAACCGCGCUUCUUCUUGGAAACAAACGCAGGUUGGGUCAUAUUGAUGGGGAUGAGGAGGGUCUCGUUGAAAAGCGCAUCGCUUUGGCAAGUCAGAAUGGCGCAAUACCGAUUAUGGCUAACACGCCAGAUGGACUUCUCCCUGCUCAGACACAGCCUCCGGCAACCGGUCAGCAGCCAACCCCAGAAUUCAUACGACCUGCAGUCAUCAAUCCUUGCAUGUCGAUUAGUACGCUUCGGCUCGCGGUGCCAAAGAUCCGGAGUCAGAUCCUACGGGCGCUGGAUUUCAGUGGAAACCCUACUGAGCCGCCCCCUCCUGGUGGGGAUUCCAGUAGUAGAUCGCGAGUAGAUGUGGUGUUUGAGGCUCGGAAUCCUUCACCAGCCAGCUUGACUGGUCGGAUGGUGGAUCGAGAGCCAGUACGUCUAACUCUCUUUCGAGGAGAACAACCAUUGUGGCAGGACUUCCUCCCAAAAACUGUUAUCCUUGUGACGGGUAAUCAAAGCAUGUGGGCUGCUGGUUGUGAGGAUGGUUCCAUCUACAUCUGGACACCCGCCGGUCGACGUCUUGUGAGUGCUUUGGUUUUGGAGGCCCAGCCCGUGAUUCUAGAGUGUAAUGGACCAUGGCUUCUAUGUAUCACCGCCGUUGGAAUGUGCUAUGUCUGGAACGUGAAAUAUCUCUCUUCUCCCCAUCCACCCGUCUCCCUUCAGCCCGUUCUCGAUAGUGCAAUCCACACUUUGAGUACCGCUCCCACCGCUGCCCCCGCGAUCACCAGCGCUCGCCUCAAUUCUGAAGCUCGGAUUACUGUGUCUCUGACGAACGGAGAUGGAUACUGUUAUUCACCCACCAUGUACACAUGGCAACGGAUCUCAGAAUCAUGGUGGGCCGUUGGUAGCCAGUACUGGAACUCGACCGAUGCCCCUGUGGGCAAUUUGCAGGCUGCAGACCAGCCAGACAACAAGGGUACCAAGGCUGCAGUUGGGGCUGGCAUUGUCCCCUUCAUGGAACGCAACACCACCACGGAGACUUUGCUUCGUGGCCGAGCAUACUACCUGCAGCGACUUGUAAAGGUCUUGUUAUCCCGUGAAGGCUAUGAGACCUUUGAAUCUAGUGUUUCCAUCGCCCAUCUUGAGAACCGGUUGGCUGCUGCACUCUCUUUGGGCUCCAAGGAAGAGUUCCGUCUGUACUUAAACAUGUACGCCAAGCGUCUUGGUGCUGAAGGUCUCAAAAUGAAGGUUGAAGAACUCCUGAGGGGGCUAAUAUGUGGAAUCUUCGAGGAUGAAGAAGGUUUCGAUAUCGCGAAGCUGCAAGAACAUGAGCGUGAGGGUCGUAACUGGCGCGAGGGAUCUCACGACAUUUGUGGCUGGCCUCGGGAGACUUUGCUGAGGGAGGUUAUUCUGGCUCUCGGUAAAUAUCGGGAACUUCAGCGUGUGACUGUACCAUAUGCUAAGCUCCUAGAUAUGGUCGAGACCCCCAGCCAGGGUGAUGCAAUGGAUCUGUGA